AUGGUGUUAUUUCCUUCUAUAAAUAGGAUAGCAAACCCCCAGUCGGGGGCAAACUUACCUGGAAGUCGUCGAAGAAGACUAUUCAUCCCUCCAUCUACCCAGUACCCUCUUUUCCUUUAUGGAGAAGGAGAAGAUCAACGUUCAUUUUUGUCACUAAUAGAAACAGGAUCAGAGUCAUACUUUUCCGAUGAUAGCGAUGUUGUUAGUAUAGCAUCCUCAAGAUCUCUACCUUCCAGUUUGAGUUCAGUGGAAGAUCAAGAAAGUUUCCAUAGUUGGCUUCUUGAAGAACAUCAACGACGAUCUUUAUAUUCUGAAGAUGGACGAGACCAAGAUGAAAAUGACGAAGACAAUGCAUCCUGGCAUCAUCAUGGAAGAAGGCGAUCAAGUACACAGUCAGAAGCAAAAGAUUUCAUUCAUUUAAAAACAAAUUAUCAUAGAGAAUUUCGAAUGCUUUUCCGAAAUUCAUUUCCGUUAAUCAUUACAUUUAUUCUUGAACAUUUCUUUUCUAUUGUAAGUUUAGUUGUUGUGGGAAAAUUGGGUACAAAUGAACUUGCAGCAGUCUCCUUAGCAACGAUGACAUCGAUCAUUACGUUUGCCAUAUUUGAAGGUACUGCAACUGCUUUGGAUACAUUAUGUCCUCAAGCUUAUGGUGCCGGAAAUUAUGAGUUAAUGAGUAUCUUUGUUCAAAGAUGUAUAUUAUUUUCAUGGACCUUGUAUAUUCCAUUAAGUGUAUGCUGGUGGUAUUCUGAUAGAGCAUUUGCAUAUAUUAUUGACAACCCGGCGGUGGUCGAAUUAACCAAUAGUUAUUUAAAGAUUUUGAUACUAGGAGCUCCGGCUUAUAUAUUCUUUGAAAACUCCAAGAGGUUCUUACAAGCUCAAGGAAUCUUUGAAGCAGGAACAGGUGUUUUAUUCGUGGCAGCUCCAAUCAAUAUUGGGCUUUCAUGGUUUCUUGUUUGGAAUAAAACUUAUGGAAUAGGAUUCAUUGGUGCUCCAAUUGCCACGGUUUUCAAUUUUUGGUUUAUGUCAAUUUUAAUGAUUGGAUAUGUUCGUUUUAUAGAUGGAUUUAAAUGUUGGUUUGGUGUUGCAGGUUUCUCUGAACUUAUAUCCAAUUGGGUUCAAAUUUAUCGUCUUGCGAUUCCUGGGAUUAUUAUGAUUGAAUCUGAAUAUUUAGCUUAUGAGAUUAUGACUUUGUUUGCAUCAUACUUUGGUACGGUUCAACUAGCUGCUCAAAGUGCAGUAUCUAGCAUUGCUUCUUUGGCUUAUAUGAUUCCAUUUGCAGUGAGUAUAGCCGCACUGACUAGAAUUGCCAAUUUCAUUGGUGGUCAAAAUAAAGCAGGUGCAAUUUUAGCUACACGGGUAGCCAUGUUAUUUUCAUUAAUUGUGGCAUCGUUUAAUUGUAUAUGUUUAUUUACAUUUAGAAGAGAGAUUGCUAAAAUAUUCACCAAGGAUCCUGAAGUGAUUAAUUUAAUUGAUGAUUUGUUUCAUCCGUUAGUUGCAUUAAUUCAAUUACUUGAUGGGGUUGCAUGUAUAAACAGUGGUAUACUUAGAGGACAAGGAAGACAGAAAAUUGGUGGAUUACUUAAUUUUAUUGCAUAUUAUGCAAUUGCAUUACCAAUAGCUUUAGUUUUAAGUAAGAUUAUUGGAUUACAACUAUUUGGGUUGUGGAUUGGUAUUGGCUGUGGGAUGUUUUUAAUUGGAGCAAUCGAAACUGCAAUCAUCAUGUGGAGUGAUUGGGAUGAUAUUUUACUUAAAGCUGGUUUAUUGGUCGAAUUUGAAGAAGAAGUUGAAGAUGAUGAUUUAGAUAGUGAAAUUGGUGGUGGGUUUUUCUAA